CUUAUACAUCUCUAUGCCGUUGUUGUGCAAUAUCUAAGGCGUGUUCCUUUUAAAAAGCUGAAGGUAUUUAGACAGUAGGGAAGCAUUUCUAAAAAUCUCGGUAAACCAUUGUAAUAAGUAUGCCAGUUUAUAUUAUCACCAUAGGUUCUUGUGUCGAACGGUGCUAAAUGAACCAUGGUGCAUGCAUGGAAGUAUUCGGGGCGGAGAAGUCUCAGGCCUCUGCUAUGGAAGUCCUGGAGAAACCGCCAUGCACGGUCCUGUACCCACAAUUUUGUGUUCAGGCGCUUUGUGGCUUCGAUGGAUCUAGCUGUGGAGUUAAGUAUGCGUCCUUCGCAGCCGUCGCACCGGCAGUGUUGGAUACGGAUGCCGGUAUGCCAUGUUUUCAGACCUGUUGUCGCAGCGCGGGCUUCGAAGCACGGCGCCGUUGCCCGGCGGGUGUGUUGGGGCCGCGGGACAUUGAGGCCGCCAUCAUGGACACGGGCGGCGAUGCAGGGCGCGCGCUAGCCUGGUACCCCGGGUUGUUGAUGGCAUGGCGGUUUGAUAAGGCGGAUACAUUCUUCCGGGAGAAUCAGCUUCCAGCAUACUACGGCGAAAUCGACUCCAUCCGCUGUACGGCCGUGUGCCGCGUGUCUGGCCCUCAACAGAAAUCACCAAUUGAAGCGUUCAGCCGACGCUGCUUCACUGCGAGUCGCUGCGACACAGCGAGUCGCGACAGACCCAAGUGUCAUGUCCCCUCCUUCCCGUGCUUCACCAACGGAGUAGACGCCGAGAUCUUCUUCGAAUUGACGACGCACAGCAUCCACCCGUUCAUCGUCCCCGUCUAGCACAUCGUGGAGACACGUCGCGAGAGCCGCGACAUCAGACUAUAGACGCAGCAGAGAAUUAAAUAAACCCCGAGUGAAGGCGAAUGGCUGCAAGUGCACCAUGGCGCAUUUGCAUGGUUGGAAGCCACAACGCAAGAAAAGACAUACCGCGUCAUUUGGACUUCGUGUCAGCUGGUCUCGAGGGUCUCCAUCUUCCGCAGUGUCCUCCAGGGCGACAUCUAUAGCGGCCAUUUACUCGCCACUCCUACCCGAAAGUAACCUAUCUUCUAUGUAAUCAACGCUAAACGCUGAAGUUGGGUAGGAAUGUAAUACUAUUGUAAGAUUAUCGACUGUG